CUCCAACCCGUCGGCCACCACCCCCGGUGACCGGAUUCCUCUUCUCUCAACCCUAAUCCCCAAAUUCUACCUCACCCAAAUCCCUAAUUCUCGUACUAAUCACGAUCCUCAAUCGCAAACCUAGAUCCGUGCUCUUUCACUCUCACAAUGUUGCAGGCACAAUUCAGUCAUCAAGCUGCAUUCCAAAAUUUGGACGAAAAUGCUGGAAGCAUGCAGAAGGAUAAAAUAGGGAAGAAUAUUUCUAGAAAGGAGAAGACUACCUUUCUUAUUAACACACUCAUGGAUCUCAAGGAUAACAAAGAAGGUAUUUAUGGUGCUCCGGAUGCUUGGGUUGCAUGGGAGCGGGAAUUUCCUAUUGGUCCUCUUUUUGCUGGCUCUUGAGAAGGAACAGCAGUGGCAUCGGAUUAUUCAGGUGAUUAAAUGGAUGUUGAGCAAGGCUCAGGGAAACACAAUGGGAACGUACGGGCAACUAAUACGUGCAUUGGAUAAAGACUGCCGAGCAGAGGAAGCACAUACUGCUUGGCUGAAGAAAGUUGGUACAGAUCUUCAUUCCGUGCCUUGGAAGUUAUGCAGCAUGAUGAUAUCGCUUUUCAAGGACAUGGAAGCAUUUGAUCGGAAACUCCAUGACAAGGUUAUAGUCCAGAGAGUAGCAAAUGCACAGGAGAUACUAGGUAUGCCAGGAGAGAAAGAACGAGUACUUCAAAAGUACGCUGGUGUUUUAUCUGAGACCAAGAAGAAGAAACGGUUUCGGAAGAGACCUGAACAGUCUGCUACUGAGGGGAAGCAAUAAGGUGAAAUUGUUCUCCUUUAGUUUUUGCUUAACACUGAUUGAAUUCAAUACAAAAUUACCAGGAGAGUAUUAUAUUCGUCGAUAGAUUGUUUGACGAAAACUUUAGACAAUAAAUUAGGGCUUUAGAAGCAAUUGUUA